CCUUUAAAAAGUCAGAUUCGGGGGCUGCUGCUGCUGCUGCUGCGAGCGCUGUCUCACAUGCAGCUGCAGGAGCGGGACGCGAGAACAAUCCGGUCUGCUGCUGCCGUGGUUCGCUGACAGAGACUGAGGAGGGCUCGCUGGCAGGUUUUUCCGCGCGCGUGGAUGACGAAGCGCUGUGCCAAUCCAAACCCGAGUGCUGAAUGCUCUCCUGUUCAGGCUUGGCAUGUUUAGAUGUGGUUUAACAGUGACGCUAAAAAGAACAUUUGCUGGGGAGAGGAGAACAACACAGCGGAAGGCCAGAGGAGCACAGAAGGUGACAGAGGGAGUUCCUGGAGGCGACACAGAGCGCAGGGGAGCUGUGCGGAAGAGGCCGGGCCCGAGCGGAGAGGAACCCACGGGCGGGAGAAGCGCUGAAAUAGUCGGAGAAGGAGCGGCGGGGCAAAGAAGAGAGGGGACGGAAGAAACAAAAACCGCGGCCAAGCAUGAGAGAGGAGGAGCAGCCUAUUGAUGACCUCCCUGAGGGAGGGGUGGUUUCCAGCAAGGACAGCACGGGAAGACCCCCUUCUAACGCGUGUGCCGUUGUUGUAGCGACGCCGGGGGUCACCAGGCGCAAGCGGCAGACAGGCCCGCGUCCGGAGGAUCACGGCGCCACCGUGGCUCCGACCGCAUCGGCGGACGAGAGCGAGGCCAAGCCGGAGGCGGACGUCCAGAUCCAGACGCCCGCUGGACCCAAAAGACUCAAGAGGAGCCCGCAGCACCGGCCACCGUCCCCGGGCCCGUCCCUCUCCCCCGGCCCGGGCCUCAGUCCUGGAGCGCUCUUGGCCCUCGAGGACCCCCACGCCCAGCGGGUGAUCGCCAACAUCCGGGAGCGCCAGCGGACGCAGUCUCUGAACGACGCCUUCGCCUCGCUGCGGAAGAUAAUCCCCACGCUCCCCUCGGACAAACUGAGCAAGAUCCAGACCCUCAAGCUGGCGUCGCGCUACAUCGACUUCCUGUACCAGGUGCUGCAGAGCGACGAGAUGGACAACAAGCUGGCCGGAUGCAACUACCUCGCGCACGAGAGGCUGAGCUACGCCUUCUCGGUCUGGAGGAUGGAGGGGGCCUGGUCGACCAUGUCUGCUGGCCACUAACCCUGCCUGGUGGGGGGGGGGGGGGUGGCGAGAUUUGUCUUUUUUGACUGCUACGACCUAAAAAGACCCAAAAACCUUUGCUGACUCCCUCGCGACGGAGAUACUCUUGCUUGACACAGACCGCCGACGGUACUUCACGCCGCAGCGCAGGUCGUCCGUUUGCCAACCGCGGAAAAGACUGUGGGACCCCUGGCGAGGAGAGAGCGCGAUGCGUUCACAGCCCGUCAGCCACGUGAAAAACUGCAGUGGCUUUCAUUGCAGCAGUCUGAUGUAAAUAUGAAUUCUUGUCAUCCUAUUGUUUUGCUGGGCAAAAGCAGCUACCACUGCUCGCGUGUGCAGGGGCAUUGUCCUCAGUGCACGUUUCCUCAAUUCUCCUUUUUUGGCCAAAGGGAUUUUUUUUUCUUCUUCACGACACCUGUACUCUGUUUACGUAGAUCGCAGGGGAGGACAGGACAGGCGAGAGACAAAAUCAGCCGGACUUCAUUUCGACAUUCACUCACGGCGACAAGCCGGCGGUUAAGGAUGCCCUGUUCCCAAAUUCCCCCCCCCCCCCCCGCGGCUCGUUCGGCCCCGGAGCCUUUUCUCGGGGUCCCCGAAGCUUGACCUCUGGUUUCACCCCCAUCUUUCAUCCCCCUCGCCAACAGCCUACGUCGUCAUUGUCGUCCUCGUCAUCAUCACCAUCAUCAUCAUCAUCAUAGAGGUUCCUGUGGGUUUUGCCAAAGCUGGAUGAGGAGCAGCGCAGGAGAUUUACUGUAUUGGCCCACUGGCACCACACCCUCUUUGUCUCCUGUCUCACUUGUUAAACUGUCUCCCUUGUUUUCCCUCGCUUCCUCCUUCCCCCGCCUUCUCCCUCUCUCUCCUUUUCUGCUUUUUUUUUUUCUUCUCUCUUUUCUUUUUUUUUUAAUGAGGUCUCCGUGCCUUUGCCGGGUCGGUCAGGGACAGUUAAUUCCUCCAAAAAGUACACGUUAAUGUGCAAUUAAAUACUCGGGGAAUAUUUAUAGCCGGCCUGGACUCAGAAUCUAAGUUGUAGCUUGAUCCCUUUCGGCUGUGUGUCUCGGUGCUCGAGCAAGAGUUAAAUCAUGAAGGACUGUCAAGCGAGUUUGGAGCAAACACGGGGCGAAAAAAAAGGCAAUAGUUUGGCUGAACUAAACUUGCUACAGUAUUGUGAUUCAGCAACAACAAAUGAUUCCCAACAAAGGGAACACAUACAACCCGAGGCAAUGCACCAACCGGUAGUUGCACAUCUGUCAUACAUGGGAAACCUGCUGUGCAUAAAAAUGGUACGUGCCUGAAAUCGGUGUUCUCUGGAAUCACCAGCAGGGGGCGACUCCACUGGUCGCAAAAAGAAGCGAGUCUUGGAGAAAGUGACUCCGAUGUUCAUUUAGUAAAUUAUGGCCACGCUAAGAGUCAAAUAGACCAUGGAGCAGGCCGUGAGGAUCCAGCGUGAUUGACGGCUGGUACCGGCCACAGUGGGUGCGGGUUACAGGUGUAGGUGGACGCGCAGUGGAUGAGGUCUCAGUCAGACCCAUCCCAUCCCCCGCUCCUCCAAAGAUGGGGUGAGGUGGAAUUGUCAAAUUUGCUUUGGCAGUUUCCUAAACUCCUGAAAUGACCCAGAAGUAUUUGAUCGGCAUUCAUGAUAUACCGCUCGGUUGUCUGGGUGAGGUCGAAUUGUCCUUCCUAUCUACUAUUCCCAUCUACCUAUUCCCAUCUACUAUUCCUUGACCUCAGUGAAAAACGUCGUGAGGUCAAGGAAAGGUGGAAAGGAGGACUGAAGCAGACGGAGCGAAAACUACAAAUUUCCGAGGAUGAGCUCCAAAAAAACCAGCAUCAGAUGUAAACGGUAACUGACAUGAUGACGUGCGUCUCUUUUGGGUCAUAUUCAUACUCUUCUACUUCUUCUUCUUCUUCUUCUUCUUCUUCUUCUUCUUCUUCGGAUUGAAUGGUUUACGUCCGUGCGUGGCGCGUCACGUAAAAUAUCGCUGCCGCAAGGAAUUGUGGGGCGUCUACAUCUCCUUUCCUUUCGCAAAGGAAGCAUUGAAGCACCUUUCCUCUGCGUCUAGAGAAUCCCAACAGCUCUUAUCAUGGCUGCCGAUGAAAUACUUCCGGGUCCCUUCACGAUUUCGGAAACUUCCUAAGCCAAUUUGACAAUUCGACCGAACCCUCUAAAUGCAUAGGAAAGGAGCGUCAAUGCUUCCUUUCCUAUCUACUUUAGCAUAGGGUACGUUGGACUUUCCAUAGGGACAUAAAGGAUUAAAUCCAAAGUAGAAAAAAGAAGUAAGAGUAUGAAUAUGACCCAGAAGAGACGCACGUCAUCAUGUCAGUUACCUUUGCUUAUGAAGUAUUUCCAUCUUCUGCCAAACGGUGAUCAUGUGGAUACAAGUGGACAGGAGCAGGGCAAACAUUCAACCAUGACAACCUUUUCCUCAGUUUCUGACCCUAUAUUAUUGUUUUUAUUUCAGUUCCAACCUUGGUAAUGCAUACAUAUCUUCUGUGUUGCCCUUUUUUUAGGCCGGAUCAACCCACUUAAAGUACGCACAGGGCCAAGUCCCCUACAAGAUGCGUAUCUUCGGAAAUGCGUACUCUCACCACGGAGGACGCACGUCAAUAAUUUCUGCCUUCGCAUAAAGACCUGGCCCAGUGUAGGUGGCCUCGGAUUCUCUGAGCAAUUCCUGAAGUCCUAUGAGUCCUCCUUUGCGCCUUUCCUUGACCUCAUGACCUUUUCCUCUGAGGUCAAGGAAUGGUAGAAAGGAAAAGAUGACAGGAAGGACAAUCCAAAUGCACCCACGGUUACCUCUGGUUUCACAAAACCAAGACGGCGCCGGCACAAAUGCUAAACUCGAGGCUUCAAAACGGCAGUUCCCAAACCAAUGGGUGAGGUCACUGUGGGUUGAAACUCUGGUCUCUUUAACCUUCUAAUUUCUGCUGGCGCAGCUCCCCGGUAUUUUAUCUAAUCCCUUGCGUGAGUUCAUCGGAAAGCAAAGGUAAGAGUCUCGCAGAUCCAAAGACAAGGGAGAAAUCGGAGGGAGCAUCCUGACGCCUGCACAUCUGACUGCGCUGUACGUGAAGGUUCUGCAUCGUUUUUGCUCCGCCCUUCGUCGAAGCCCGGCACACAGCGGAACGAGGGGCCCGCGAAAGAACACACCGGUGCGGCUCUUUAGAAAAAGGCCCCGCUCCCACUCACAAGGGUUUCCAGUUGCUCCGACCCCACCUCGGCUCGCGUUCAAGUUGGGCGGAGGAGGAGGAGGAGGAUGCGGGGAGAACCGAGGCGCCAGUUGUCCCGGCGCAACGAUACAACCGUCGACCAAGGAGCGAGGCCGACGUCCGUCAAACUGUUUUGUGCUGUUUUACAGGCAAAGGCUGUACAGAACAAUGUGCUACAAGAUACAAAUCCCCUCGCCUGACACGUCACCAACAGUUUGACCGUAGCACAAUCAACUCUUCUUCUGUGUCCUUGACAAUCAACCCCUGUCAGUGUAUUUAUAAAAAAUUAAAAAAAAGUAUCCCGAAUAAGUUGGACAGAGUCAUUCAACACGUGCUCAUUGACAAAAGGGAAGUUUCGGUGCACAGAGCUCAGAAGCUUGCUUGUUCUGUGGAUCCUGGGCUCUGGCAGGUGACAUCACCGCUGUGAUCAACGCCACGAGAUGCUCUUCAACACUGAGCGUGAAUUGCACCGACUGUCUGAUGUACACAACACUACAGUACGUGUGCUUUUAUAGACAAUUCUGCAUUCAAGUCUUGGACGCGUGUCCUUUUGAUUUUAAGCGCUUGAGCCGGUUAGCAGCUACUUUCAGUCUUAGGAUGUACGGUGGAAAAAAGUCUCUCUGACACUGAAAUAUCCAUAAAUCUCAUCGGGUAAUAUUCUCUUUUUUCAUAUUCGUUGUUGCUGCUGUCCGACAACUAUAUUAAAUUUGAUCACACAACA